ACAACAUCAUCAUCAUCAUCAACAACAACAACGGCAUCAUCAUCAAAGUCGACAACAACAACCCCAUCUACAACAACAACAACAAUAUCAACAACAGCAACAUCAUCAUCGACAGAAGCAACAUCAUCAACAGCAGCAGCAACAUUAUUAAUAGAAGAAACAUCAUCAACGGCACCAGUAGCAACAUCAUCGACGGAAGCAGCAGCACAAUGGACAACAACAUCCUCAUCAACAACAUCAACCGCAGCUUGGAAUAUUACCUUUCUUAAUCGAACUAUUUACACAGUUGGUUUAGACCCAUGGUCAGUAGCAGUAGCUGAUGUAAACAGCGACAAUAAACCCGAUAUUGUUACUGCAAAUGAAGAUUCAGACACCGUCAGUGUUCUUCUCAAUACAGGCAACGGUACUUUUUCUUCUUCAACUGAUUACUCAGCUGAUGUGGAUCCACGGUCAGUAGCAUUAGCCGAUGUGAACAGCGACAAUAAACCCGAUAUUGUUACUGCGAAUUAUGGUUCGCAAACCGUUAGUAUUCAUCUCAACGUAGGCAACGGCACUUUUUCUUCUAAAAAUAGUUACUUAGUUGGCGACCGUCCAUGGUCAGUAGCAGUAACUGAUGUGAACAGUGAUAAGCAACCCGAUAUAGUUAGUGCAAACUCUAAAUCAAACUCCGUCAGUGUUCUUCUUAACACAGGCAACGGCACUUUUUCUCCUCAAACUACUUACGCAGUUGGUCAAAGACCAGCACCAGUAGCAGUAGCUGAUGUAAACAGCGACAAUAAACCCGAUAUUGUUACUGCAAAUGAAGAUUCAGACACCGUCCGUGUUCUUCUCAACACAGGCAACGGCACUUUUUCUCACCAAACUGUUUACACAGUUGGUAUACAUCCACGGUCAGUAGCUGUAGUCGAUGUGAACAGUGACAAUAAACCCGAUAUUAUUAUUUCGAAUAGCGGUUCGAACACCGUCAGUAUUCUCCAACAAUGUUAA